ACCCGCCCUUCAUCAACACCGUCGCAAUGUCUCGCUCGCAGGCCUCCGCGCCCGUGUCUGCGGUCGCAGCGGCAGCGGCAGCGGCUCCGCGUCUGUCGACGCCUGUCUCGAUUGUGAUUGCUGUGCUCGUCACACUGCUCGCACUCGCGCUGUACUCGCCCCCGGUCGCCUCGCUCGUCAUUGGCCUGCUCUUCAACAUUGUCGGCGCUGUGGCCAUCGUGCUGUAUACCAUCAAGCGCGUCCGCUGGCUGCGCAUCCGCGUUCUCCGUCUGCUGCUCAGCCACACUGGCUGGGCGUACAACCCCUCCGCCCUGACCUCGCAGAUUCUCCUCGGCCUUGUCGGACUCUUUGGCGGCAACAAGCCUCGCCUCUGGGAGCUGCAGUCCACCCUGCCUGCGCUGCCCGUGCCCCCGCUCCACCAGACCGUCGACAAGUACCUCAAGUCCGUCCGACCGCUGCUCAACGACCAAGAGUACGCCACCACCAAGAAGCUGGCCGACGAUUUCAUCCGCAUUGGCGGCGACGGCGAGCGUCUCCAGAACAUGCUGCUCGCCCACCGUGACGCCGAGGUUGCCAAGGGCACGAGCUGGCUGUGGACGUGGUGGGAGCAGAUUGUCUACCUGAGCGGCCGCGAUCCCCUGCCCAUCUACUCGAACUGGUAUGGCCUCGACCGCAUCGACCCCGUGCUGACCUCGCAAGUGGGCCGCGCUGCCAACGCCAUUGUUGCCCUCCUCAAGUUCAAGCGCAUGAUUGACACCCAAAGCCUUGCGCCCAACCGCGUGCAGGAGACUGUUCCGCUCUGCAUGCACCAGUACUCUCGCAUUUUCGGCACGGUGCGCAUCCCCGAGGACCCUGUUGACCGACUGGUCGUUCACUCAAAGUCCAAGCACAUUGUGGUCAUGUGCAACAAUGCCAUCUACCGCGUGGACGUCUUCCACGACGAAGGCCAUGGCGUUGCCCAGCUCUCCGCCCACGAACUCCGUGUCCAACUCGGCCGCAUCAUCGACCUCCAGACCCAGUCCUCGAGCGUCCCCUCCGACUCGAGCGAGCCCGUUGCCAUCCUCACCAGCCAAAACCGCAGCGUCUGGGCCAAGCAGCGCCAAGAGCUCAUCGCCAUGGACAAGAUCAACAAGGAGAGCAUCGAGGUCAUCGAGUCCGCGCUGUUUGUCGUUGUGCUCGACACCAACGAGCCCGCCCCCGAAACCGUCGAGGAACUUUCGUACGAGGGUUUGCACCACCACGGCCGUGGCUACUGGUUUGACAAGAACCUGAACAUUAUCUUUUUCAAGAACGGCCGCCACUCGAUGAAUGUGGACCAUACCUGGUCGGAUGCCUCCGUCAUGGUGCACGUCAUGGACUUUGUUUACUCUGUCGAGAGCACGGCCGACCAUUGGACUCCGGAUGUGACGGAUGUCGCCGACAAUGCGCUUGCACCCCCGACCCGUCUGCACUGGCACCUGACGCCCUUGAUGCGCGCGACGAUUGCUGAAGCCCACAGUGACUACAUGAAGACUGUUGUUCCCAUGAUUGAUUUGGAGGUGCUCAAGUUCCAAGUCUUCGGCAAGGACGUGAUCAAGAAGAUUGGCGUGAGCCCCGAUGCGUUUGUCCAGAUGGCCAUCCAGCUCGCCUUCUUCCGCAUGCACAACGAGCCGUGCUUGACGUACGAAAGCGCCGCCACGGUCCGCUUCAACCAUGGUCGCACCGAAACCGUGCGCUCGUGCUCGAUCGAAUCCAAGCGCUUUGUCGAUGCCAUGCAAGCCUCGGGCGUUUCCUCUGAAAAGAAGCUCGAGCUCCUGCGUGCUGCCUGCAAGAGCCACGUCAAGUUCAUGCGCGCGGCCACCAACGGCGAUGGCAUCGACCGUCACCUUCUUGGCCUUCGCAUCUUGGCCCGCGGUGCUGGCAUCGACUCGCCCUUCUUGGCCGACAAGGCCAUGUCCCUUCCCUUCCGUCUCUCGACCAGCCAGACACCUGCCCUGCGCAUGCUUGGCGGUGGCUUUGCUCCCCUUGUUGCCAACGGUUACGGCUGCUCGUACAUUGUGGACGACUUCCGCAUCUGGGCGCAUCUUUCGUGCUUUGCCGCAAACCCUGAAACCGACGUCAAAAAGUUCUCUCAGCUCCUGCGCAGCAGUCUGCUGGACAUUUAUGAGGUUUGCCGUUCUGAUCCCAACUUGGAAAAGCUGCUGAGCACGCGCACCUACCGCAUGUUGCGCUCGCAGUAAACAUUCCGUGUGUCACAAAAUAAACACAAAAUGCGCUCCAA